CGUUUUAAGUUAAAGUUUUAAACAGAGAAAUCUACGUGUUCUAAGAGAAUGUUUGUUAUCUUGAUGCUGUUUAUAUUCGGUCUGACAUUGUCUUUGACCGUCAACGGCGACGACAUCCUUUACAGCAUCCCGCCAGGUCAACCGGCUGGCAUCACACCUUAUGUCCUCAUCGAAGAACCCAUUCCGGGUGGUAGAGCUAACCAUGACCUUUACGCUCAAGGAAAGGAUGCGAAUAAUUUUGAUGAUUCUCUCAAGCCCGGGGAGGUCAGGUGCCCUGUGGACGGCGAUCCUCACUGCCGGAACUGCCGGGCAGGACAUGUGGACAGCGAUUUUGUCCAGACGCAGUGCUGCUUCUCGCACCACUGGGCUUGGAAGAAUAACCGCAACCUCCGCGACGUUCUGCCAUAUCGCUUCCAUAUGGCUCCAGUGAACCAGACCGAACCUGUUCGCGAUCGGUACGCUAAGGCUGGAGAAAUAUGGCACGUGGACGUGUGCACGAUGGAGCCGGUUGCGACCCUACCGGAAGGAGGCUACAUCCCGUGCCGCCAGCGCAACGCUUGUCCGGACGUUCGCGCAGAUGGUACCAUAUAUAAUUGACGUCUGCGCGUUGGCGCCCGGUGACCCCGCUUACUGGUUAGACAGACUUCGCAAUGACAUCGUUAUGACGGCGGAUGGUUAUACAGCCAUAUUUGUAAAUUUAACCUUUGUCAAGCUUUCAUCUUUCAUGUGGUAUAUGAUCUUUUCAUUCGGUGCACUCAGUGCACUGACACGAUUAAAUGCAAUGCGUCUGUACCGUACCGCGCUUUUGCUGUACCUGUACAAAAUUCUUUAAACUGCUGGGUGGCGUCAGUAAAUUAGUAAAUAUUGCGUAACGGUUAAA